AUGUUGCUGAGUUGCUUGAAGGUGCAAUGGAUCGACACAUCACUCCACGCUUUGCACGGUAACAAAUUGACACAUCGCGAUUUUGAAACAGUUGAGAUUUCGGUUUCUGGCAACUGUGAUGAUGGGAGACGAGAUGGGAGUGUGGGGAUACGGUCGAUUCGCGACUUCGGUUUGCUUCGGUGGCGUAAUGUGUUUAGUCAGGGAUUCCUGAUCCGGCUCAGAAAUAAGGGACGUCGCGCAACAAUGCACGAUGCCAGGGGCGUUGGCUGCGCUGGAUGCAGACCUCUGGGGGCACGCGAGGAUGCAGAGCUGCGGCGACGCUGGCACCGUCGACUGGCCUUGACAACGACCCUGUGUUUUGCUGUUUGGGUUUUAAACGGGUUGCGACCGUCAGCAACCGUGCACUGCUCUGGACUUGUUCGAGACACCAUGUGUGUGCGGUGA